AUGGUUGAUCAAGCCGAUGUCGAUAAAUCGCAGCCAACCGAAAGCCUUUUCAAGAAUAAACGGAAAUCGAAACCUUUCUCUUCUUUUCCCGGUUCAUUGACGAGUUUCAGUACCCAAUCGAGAAAGCUGCCGUGCAAAAGCAGCAGAUUCUUGGCCUUUCGCUAUUUUGCACUCGUGCAUCUACCGCCUGUCGCAAUCACCAUGACCCUUCUGUCGCUCUACAUCACUCAAGUUCGCUGGGCGAACCCUUCCACAGAAUCCUUGAACGGCCUUCAGUUUGCAGCGAAGGGCCACGAGGCGCUGAUCCUAGUGUCCCUGGGAGAUAUUCUUCUGCACCAAAUAUCCUACGGCUUGAAACGCCAGGAAGUCGGUGUCCCGGUUGGCUUUUUGUCAUCUGCGUUGAACCUCUCAGCGCCAUUGCGGUACCUCAUCAGCCGUCAGUUAUGGGCUCCAACGCUCCAGUCUGGCAAAGCAGCGGGGUAUAGACGGGGUACAGCAGCUCUGAUCGUAUUGAUAUCCAUUCUCUGCCUUGCCGCGAAUCCACUGUCUGCCAUUGCUAUGAUCCCUAGACAGGAUUGGUGGGAGGACCAUGAUUACGACUGGACUUUUCUCGGUGAUAUGAAUUUCGAGCCUGCCCAUAGGAUCCCUCAUAUGGAAUACAGAACAAGGCUUGAUUUGAAGUCUGGACCCUACCUCAGAGACAUCAUAGGGCCUGCUACUAUACCUCUAUAUACUCUUCUCAGGGCUGACUCUUAUGUCCUUGGGACGCAUGGGCCUGAGUGGCAAAACAUCAGCUAUACCAAUUUCAAUAGCUCUUUCUAUUCUUAUAUAUCGACUGCAAAUUUCGGGUUGCCUACUGUUGCUACUAGCCCAUUGUCGUUUGUGGCGUCAGAGCUUGGGAAGGCUUCCUCAAGAGAUGUAAAAGAUGCGGCUAUACCCUGGAUUACUUCUUCCAAUCAACAAAUCGAGGGAUCUGGAGCUGAACAUCGUUGGAAACAGCCUCUUGUCGCCACACAAUGCAUUGGAGGCUCGGUCCACAAUCAGACCAAGCUCCAGUUUUCUCUUUCUUACCCGUUCUCGACUGGCAUACGAAAGAACUCCAUGAUAACGUUCACGCUUGACGAAGAGUCCUCGGCCUUUACGGAACUGCGUGCCAGCAAUUCCAGCGACUAUCGCGUACUCGACUUUCCACAAUACGAAGAUUGGCUAGUGAGCGGCAACGUACUAUUCGCUACGACAGUAGAGCUUCCCUAUGACGAAAAGCCCGAGCGACACUACACACUCUGUCUGAUAUUUGCACGUUGGUCCGAGGCGAGCAUGUGGAUUCAGGAACCCACGCGUUCACGCACCUUCAGCCACGUCAAAGAAGAACCAAUUCUUGAAAGUUUCGAGAAGAACUCCUCUGAUAUCAUUUACAUGGAUGAGAAAUGGUUGGAAGGUAUAUCGUCCUUCUCCAACGGGUCGUUCUUUCGGUCUAUUGCAGAGUUUUGUGCAUCUGAUGUUCGAAGAAAUUGUCAAGAGCGGUAUUUGGGUCUGCAUAUUACCGACGCGAUCUCUCAAGCGGGAAACAAUGUUUCAUGGCCCAACUAUCAUGCCGAGACUCCACGAUCAGACGAUGUAACGCAGGAUGAGAUAGUCUACACUCGGUAUCACUACACAUACGCUUAUCGCUUUGAGAGUAGUUUCGGAAUCCCAUUGGCCUUCUUUUUCCUUCUUGCACAUGUACUCUUGGUUUUGAUACACUUGAUUACGAUUGUGGGAUCAAAGGAUCCGUGGCUAGGCUCUGAUUGGGAUAAUUUUGGAGACAUGUUGGUUCUUGCUCUUGUAUCCAAGCCGCCAAACAGCACAAAUGACCUAACUCAGAAACCUUCCAAAUCUGAAUUGUGGAGGAAGAGUGCUGCGGUUGCUCUCGAAGGCCAGGAAGGCGAUUAUCAGAUUUAUCUGAGAGAGGAGAGAGGGUAUCAGAGAGCUAAUGAAGAGGAAGAAGGUGCUUAA